AAGAUACAAUAGAUAUAAAUAAAUCAAUUCCAUAAAAGUAAAAGGAUUUUAAUGUUGUAAAAUUUCUCUUCAAUUUACGAGCCAAUGACAGUAAAUUGCCACAUAUAUAACUGAUUUAACAAAUAAUUCUGAUGAUAGAAUCAAUAGAGUGAUGGCAGCAAUCUUGUCGUUAAUGGAACACAUUUAAUGUAUAUAGAAAUAAUCAGAACAUUGUCUGUCAUCACAAUGUGGAGAUUAUUUCGAUCCUUAAGAGUGGCCAUAUGUCCCACAUGUUAAUAUCCGUUCAAGGUUUGUCGUGGAAGAAGCCAUUUCUGCUUAAGUAUUAGCUAUCAAACGGGUCAUCAAUAAAGCAGUGUUCAAUAUAAAUGUCUUUAGAAUGAAAACGAUGAUGUUUUAUCCGUUAGGACUUGUAUAAAUGAACACACCGACCAACAUGAAUCGGUGUGUAUAUGAAGAUGCUGUUAGGUUCGAGACAAAAAGUAGUUCACUGAGUGAUUUUCGAACGCAGUAUGCCUACAUGCAUGGACCUAUUUGUAUAGUUAUUUGUAUCUUUGGAAUAAUUCUAAACGCUGCAAACAUUGUAGUACUGACACGUAAAAACAUGAUGACGUCAAUCAACGUCAUUCUCACGUGGUUAGCUGUAGCGGAUAAUCUUAAAAUGACAGAUUAUUUAAUAUUUGCAAUAGGUUUUUACGUGAUGAAAGAUCCUGAUCUUGCUCUGAUGAACACGUAUAAUAUCCACAAAGGGAAAUACUUGGAAUUUCAUGCCAGUUUUGCUAUAGUUUGUCACAACAUUGGAGUAUGGCUGACCGUCUCAUUGGCAAUAUUUCGUUUCUUAUAUAUAUGGUUUCCUGGCAGAGGUAAAUUAUUUUGCACAGUGACCAGAGCUAAAAUCACAGUUGCCUUGAUUUAUGUGACAAUAGCAAUAAUAUGUAUACCAAAUUACUACACAAACUUCUUAGAUAAGAAAACACCAAAACAUUUAAACAGUUCAAACGUCACUUGUCAUGCAAAAUACACAGUCAAUAUGAUUGAUCAAAAGGAUCCCGUAUUUAUAGCGAACACUUAUAUUCAAGCAAUAUUCACCAAACUAGUGCCUUGUGUCUUGUUAACAGUUUUGACUUUUCUAUUGAUAUAUGCAAUGCAUCAAGCUUAUCAAAAGCGCAAAGUAUUAUUAAGUCAAGGUCAUGAUCAGGACGCACGACGUCACCAUGAACACAACAGAACAACUGGCAUGCUGUUAGCUGUUGUAAUACUGUUCUUAUUGAUUGAACUUCCUUUUGGAAUAUUAACUUUAAUGAUAGUGUUUUCCCCUGCAGAAUGGAUGACGAAAGUGUAUGACAAUCUUGGAGAAUUCCAUGAACUCUUGGCACUGUGUAAUAAUGCUGUUAACUUUUUACUAUACUGCAGUAUGAGUAAACAGUUCCGUAAAACGUUCAUUUCUAUAUUUUGCAGAUGUUUGCCAAAACAAAAUUAUCGCAUAAUAAAUAUGACAGAAAUGAGUCAGUUUAACAACUCAAUGAACCAUAAUCAUCUCAACACUACUCAUGUGCAAACAGAUGGACAUAUGGGAUAACAUAAAGCGCUGUUAUAACGACGUACUACGUUUGUUAGUGAGAUAAUUUGUUUGAACUGAUCGGCACGUUUCCUGUUUGAACUGGUGACAAUAAUGAAACAUAGCUGAUGCUCUUUUAUUACUACAUGUAAUAUUUCAAAAUGACGUCACCAUGAACACAACAGAACAACUGGCAUGCUGUUAGCUGUUGUAAUACUGUUCUUAUUGGUUGAACUUCCUUUUGGAAUAUUAACUUUAAUGAUAGUGUUUUCCCCUGCAGAAUGGAUGACGAAAGUGUAUGACAAUCUUGGAGAAUUCCAUGAACUCUUGGCACUGUGUAAUAAUGCUGUUAACUUUUUACUAUACUGCAGUAUGAGUAAACAGUUCCGUAAAACGUUCAUUUCUAUAUUUUGCAGAUGUUUGCCAAAACAAAAUUAUCGCAUAAUAAAUAUGACAGAAAUGAGUCAGUUUAACAACUCAAUGAACCAUAAUCAUCUCAACACUACUCAUGUGCAAACAGAUGGACAUAUGGGAUAACAUAAAGCGCUGUUAUAACGACGUACUACGUUUGUUAGUGAGAUAAUUUGUUUGAACUGAUCGGCACGUUUCCUGUUUGAACUGGUGACAAUAAUGAAACAUAGCUGAUGCUCUUUUAUUACUACAUGUAAUAUUUCAAAAUGACGUCACCAUGAACACAACAGAACAACUGGCAUGCUGUUAGCUGUUGUAAUACUGUUCUUAUUGGUUGAACUUCCUUUUGGAAUAUUAACUUUAAUGAUAGUGUUUUCCCCUGCAGAAUGGAUGACGAAAGUGUAUGACAAUCUUGGAGAAUUCCAUGAACUCUUGGCACUGUGUAAUAAUGCUGUUAACUUUUUACUAUACUGCAGUAUGAGUAAACAGUUCCGUAAAACGUUCAUUUCUAUAUUUUGCAGAUGUUUGCCAAAACAAAAUUAUCGCAUAAUAAAUAUGACAGAAAUGAGUCAGUUUAACAACUCAAUGAACCAUAAUCAUCUCAACACUACUCAUGUGCAAACAGAUGGACAUAUGGGAUAACAUAAAGCGCUGUUAUAACGACGUACUACGUUUGUUAGUGAGAUAAUUUGUUUGAACUGAUCGGCACGUUUCCUGUUUGAACUGGUAACAAUAAUGAAACAUAGCUGAUGCUCUUUUAUGACUACAUGUAAUAUUUCAAAAUGUUUUCUUACUGAUAAAGAAAUAUGGAUUUUUUUUGGAACUUGUCUGCACAUUCUAAAUAUCGCAUCUGUUGUUGUUUACAAUUACCCUAAUAUAUUUGUCAUUUUUUGAAAAUCUAAAACAAGGACAUGGACAAGUGUGAAAAAUAGACAGUUUUCGACUAUUUUUCAACAAAUAAAGUUCCAUAACUCCACAAUGUCAUAUCAGAAAUUUAUAAAAAAACUAGAGGCUCUCAAGAGCCUGUGUCGCUCACCUGUAUUUACUGAUGCUUUGGAAAUCAUGUAAAAUAAGGUUAAAAUCAUAAUUAAUAGUAUUAGAUAUUAGAUAUUAUAAUGAUAUCUAAGAUAAUAACAAAAAACUGCAAAAUUUUUGUAAAAUUACUAACUCAGGGGCAGCAACCCAACAACGGGUUGUCGGAUUCGUCUGAAAAUUUCAGGGCAGAUAAAUCUAAAUCUGAUGAACAUUUUUGCCACCUGUCAGAUUUGCUCUAAAUACUUUAGUUUCAGAGAUAUAAACCAAAAACUGCAUUUUACCCCUAUGUUCUAUUUUUAACCAAGUCGGCCAUGAUGGUUGGAAGGCGGGGUCAUCGCACAAAUUUUUCAAACUAGAUACCCUAAUAAUGAUUAUGGCCAAGUAUGGUUAAAUUUGUCUCAGUAAUUUCAGAGUAGAAGAUUUUUGUAAAAGAUUACAAAAAUUUACGAAAAAUUGUAAAAAAUUGACUAUUAAGGGCAAUAACUCCUAAAGGAGUCGACUGACAAUUUUCGUCAUGCAACUUAUUUGUAGAUCUUACUUUGCUGAACAUUAUUGCUGUUUACAGUUUAUCUCUAUCUAUAAUAAUAUUCAAGAUAAUAACCAAAAACUGCAAAAUUUUCUUAAAAUUACCAAUUUAGUGACAGCAACCCAACAACAGGUUCUCUGAUUCAUCUGAAAAUUUCAGGGCAGAUAGAUCUUGACCUGAUAAACAAUUUUACCUCGUGUCAGAUUUGCUCUAAAUGCUUUGGUUUCAGAGAUAUAAGCCAAAAUCUACAUUUUACCCCUAUGUUCUAUUUUUAGCCAUGGCGGCCAUCUUGGUUGGUUGACCGGAUCACCGGACACAUUUUUUAAACUAGAUACCCCAAUGAUGAUUGUGACCAAGUUUGGUUAAAUUUGACCCAGUAGUUUCAGAGGAGAAGAUUUUUGUAAAAGUUAACAGACGACGCCGGACGACGACGACGACGACGACGACGACGGACGACGACGACGACGGACGACGGACGCAAAGUGAUGAGAAAAGCUCACUUGGCCCUUCGGGCCAGGUGAGCUAAAAAGGGAACUUAUGUCAAUAUAUAUUAACAAUUCACCGAAUUUCAUGAAAAUUACUCAAAAACUGGAAAAUCCCCUAUUUUUUAUGAAUUUAUUAUAAAAUCCCAUACACGGUAACGUAACUCGGUAACGUAAAAUCUGAAUUUUUUUAAAAAUCGAAACGGAGCUUACUUCAUUAGAUAUAAACACGUUUCAUGAACAUUGGUGAAAGCGUGUUUGAGUUUCUGUCCGAAGUGCUAACGACGGACAGACGAACGGACGGACAGACAACGGUAUCCCAUAAUACGUGCCGUAAACGGGCGUAUAAAAACGAGCCCAAAUCUUAGUUAUAAAGACAUACCAAAUAACAUUAGAACGGUAUAGAAAAAUACUUCAUAUUCGGAUGAAGUAAAAGUGAAUAAAAGGAGAGUCGUAUGUACCUCAGUAUAUUGUUGUCAAUAUAUUGUAUUCUGCAAAAGAUCCGAGCCUGAAAAAGAUAAGAAAAAAAUUAACAGAUACUGUUAAAGAUUUGCCAUCAACAUCGAAUUUAAAAAUGACAAAAAUGAGAAUAUUUUUUUUUCAGUUUUCAUUUUUUUCAAUGUUUGUCUUAUGUGCUAAGCUUCGAAUGGCAUAUAGUAAUAUAAUCUAAUACUAUGGUCAAGCCACGAAAAUAAGCUGAAAGUAAUCUGAGAUCAAUUCAAAUCAAGCAAUAAGCCUCAAUAUGAUAUAGAAUAAACACCGCCAUUUUGUACUUUCUAAAACAUUUGAUAACAGCACAUAUGAUAUUUCUUAAAGAGAGUAAGGACAAAGAUCUGUAAACGUAAGUUGUUAAAAGGAUGCGGUAUCUGAGACCACAAAAUAUACUGAAUUGUUGGCAUUUCAAGCUCUUGUUUGGAAAAAUUUUAAAAGCCAAGAUGUUUAUACAGAGACUACUACAAUCAAGAAUGGCAAAUCUGUUAAGAUUAGUUAUGUUUAAGAAAUUUGGGUUUAAGUUAAAAACGAUUAAGAUAUCAACGGAAAGUUACUAAAAUGUAUGUAUAAAUCGCCACUGUUGCAGCACUGACUAAGGACUUUAGGUCCACUACUAGUUGUACAGACUCAAUAGCAGUAAUUCAUUGUAAAUAUAUGUAAUUUCUAUUUUUUUCUCCUGUUUUCAAAGCCAUUUUCUAAAUUAAACUACAUCACAAUUAUUAGAACCAAACUUUUAUAAUGCCAAAGAUAUUAAACAUGGCGAUGGGACGAUGUUAUCAAAAGAGUACACGCCAAAAUAAAAAUGACCAUAAAUUUUAAGGGAAAAAGAAACGGUUGAGAAUGUGCUCCGGAAGGGUAACACUUGAAUUUGUGUUGUAUGUUUUAACUCAAUUAACAUUCUUAUCAACUGAUAAUUUUCAUACUUUAUUGCUUAUUACUUUCACUGUAUAUUUUUUAUUAAAGAUUUGAACAUUUUAGUAUUUUACUCAAUGACAUUUACCCAGUACGUUUGAGAGAGAGAGUUGCCGUUCCAUAUAUUUGAUGUUUACAAAUUCUGUCUUUUAUUUAAUAAAUAGUUUUACAUGCC